AUGUCUUCCAGAACCCACAGGAAGCUUUCCCCCUUGACUACCAAUUGGAGCAAUAGGAGUCAUUCAAGUAUAAACUCUGAUGCUUCAGUCUUUUAUUCAGCACUAGCAAACCCGACACCAAUCGAGCUCAAGCAACAAAUUCCUCAAUCACCUUCAUCUAGUGCUCAUCCACACACCAUAUCUUCUCCUCGAGAAUUUUGUCCUGCCAAGAUGAACCGUCAAGACUCAGGUUACGCAGAAAAUGUUUCCUACAUACCCAGUCACAUGCGAACGUCAUCACGACCUAGCUCAAAAUCAUCCUCCCAUAAUCCUCGGCCCUCAUUGAAUGCGUCCCGAAAAUCAUCUUCUCGUUCCAAGGAUUCCUCCAGCACCUCCUCCUCAGCCUCCAGUGCAACCAGCCGGUCAACACCCAAACGCUGUCCAAAAUCUCCCCGCACCUCCACUUCUCACUCACGCCCCAACGUCUCUAGGCACCACCACAGCCAAACAUUAUCAACGCCACCUCAAUACCAAUAUUUCCACUUCCCCUCACUCUCCGAUGACCUACCACAAGAAACAUCUAACACAACUUCAACUGUCGCUCCACCCCCACCCGCUACAAUUCAUUACUGGACCUCGGACCAAACCCGAAGAUUAGAGUACGCAGCCAUUGACGCAGCCAGUAAGGGAAUUCGGGGAUUUGUAACACGAUGCAUACCCGAUUGUUUCUUGCCAGCUGAGAAGAGGGGAAACAGAUUUUGUCAAGAGGAUAUGCGAGAGGGAGAUGAUGACGCAGGGAGCGUGAGGAGAUAUCGACUAGUUAUGGAAGACGAGGUUGAGAAUGAGAUGAAAGGGGAAAGGAUCAAGGACAGAGCCCAGUCGGUAAAGGAACACAGAAGGAGGUGGAGUUCCUUUAUUAGACGCUGA